UAUUAUAAGGUCAAAAUCUGAAGGGGUACGAACGAAGGCAGUCUUAGAACAUCGCUUUUCAUUAAUAACAAAAAAAAAAACGUCCGAGAUCCAAAACAAAAUGCUUUUAACAGAAAAAUAGAUUCCAAAAAAUAAAGUGACGCACUGCAGAAGCCAAAAUAAAACGUACAAAAUUUAUUUUUAUAUAUUAUCCUCUGAGUGAAUCGCAAGAAAUUCAGAAAUGGAUCGUGAGAAAGCGAAGAGCACAAUUGUGCCUCCAAAGCAAUCAGCCAAGGUUCAAAUUAGGAACCCGUCGCUGAAUCUGGAGAACCAAUUGGUUGGCGGCAAGUACCGGGUUAUAAAACCCAUUGGAUCCGGCUCCUUUGGCGACAUCUAUCUAGGCUUGUCCAUCAAAGACGGCGUCGAGGUGGCCAUCAAGGUGGAGGCCACCGAUGCACAGUAUCCGCAGCUGAUAUACGAGGCCAAGCUGUACAAGCAUCUGCGUCAACGUCCGGGAUUCCCAAAGCUGCUGCACUUUGGGAGCGAGAAGCGCUACAAUGCAAUGGUGAUGGAGCUCCUGGGGCCAUCGCUGGAGGAGCUCUUCAAUCUAUGCAAACGCCGCUUUUCCAUGAAGACCGUGAUGAUGCUGAUCGAUCAGCUUCUGGUGCGCCUCGAAGACGUGCACGAGGCUGGGUUCAUACACCGAGAUGUGAAGCCCGAUAACUUCCUCAUGGGACUCGGUGAGAACUCCACCCAAUUGUAUCUGAUUGACUUUGGACUGUCCAAGCGAUACAAGGACAGUGAGACGCAUCUGCAUAUCCCCUAUCGCAAGGAUCGCAAUCUCACGGGCACCGUGCGUUAUGCCUCAAUGAAUGCCCAGAUGGGCGUGGAGCAGUCUCGCCGUGAUGACAUGGAGUCCUUGGGGUACUGCAUUAUGUACUUCAAUCUGGGAAAAUUACCCUGGCAGGGCAUAACGGCAGCCAAUAAGAAACAGAAAUACGAGAAGAUAUUGGAGAAGAAGCAUAGCAUCUCGAUUGAGACUCUGUGCCGAGGAUUACCCACCGAGUUUGCGCUAUACAUGAAGUAUGUUCGUAAUCUACGCUUCAAGGAGCCACCGGAUCACAAGUAUCUCCGUCAGCUAUUCCGUGUCCUUUACCGUUCCCUGAACUAUCAGUUUGACUUCAUAUUCGACUGGACGCUCCUGCAGGAGCAGCAAAAGGAUCGACUGCGUCGUGAGCGCGAGCGGGAAGCAGAGAAGAAUCGUGGACGCGCUCGUGUCCAUGUGCGUGAAAGUCAGACUGACCGUCAGACGGAAGCGGAACGAGCUCGCAGGACCUCCACACAGCAGGCGCAGGAGCAUACAUAUCGCAACCAGUCCGCCAGAUAUGAGCACGAUCGGAUGAUCGGCGAUGGAUCCCUUACCCGGCGAUACAUGUAGUGUGGAACAGUAUCAAAAUUAAUUCCAAUUUAAAGUUCAGUGGUUCCACGUUGGAACCACACUUUAGUGUUAACCAAAUUGGUUAAUCCUGUCUUUUGGAUUCCAACUGGUGAUGGAGUAUUUCAAGUCUACACCGGCCGUUCCGAUAUUUUAUGGAUAAAUACAAUUAUUUAGAUACUGCAUUAAAGUUUAUUUUAUAAUGUU